AUGCAAAAUUUGUUACUAAGAUUCCUGGAGCAAGAUGAGCUUAAGUAUCCGUGGUUGGUUAAAGAACUGCUGAAAAGAUUUAACACUCGUAUGGCCGAAGACCCCAAACAAUUUGCCAAGACCUUGGAACAGGCACGCAAAAGCGAUUAUAAGAACGUAGUGCGAAUCUAUCUCCGUGGUCGCAGCCACAUCACAAAGGAUCCGCGUAGAAUUGUGAAUGGCUGUGAGAAUUUUUUACAAAUAUCAAGAGCACUGAUAAAUAUACAUCUACGUACAGCUCAAAAGCAACAUGGGAUGAAUCAUGUUCGAAAUAUCCGGAAGGUUGCGCAAAAGUCCUUGUUGGAAUUGCGCCAAUGCUAUACGCAGGCCCACAUGCUAAAUUGCAAGGUACGUUUGGACGACAUAUUGAAGGUUGUUGGCUACAAAGGGUCGGAAUUCCGCGCCGAUAUGCGUGGUUCAGAUGUCCUCAAGGUGUUAAGCGGUGUGGAUGAGAGUUUAUUGUACAUAAUCUAG